CGGCCCGGCCGGGCGCGGCCAGUGCAUGAGGGCAGCGGGCGAAGGCGGAGGAGGAGGCGAGUCCCGCCCGCCCACCGCGGCUGCCCCCGCCGCCUCCGCUCCUCGCCGGGGCCGGGGCCCGGGAGGCUGAGGCCGCGCCGCGCCCGGGACAUGCGGCCUCCCCCGCCGCCGCGGAGGAGGAGAUGAGGCUCCGCAAUGGCACCUUCCUCACCCUGCUGCUCGGCUGCCUCUGCGCCCUGCUCUCGCUCUCCUGGUACGGGGCCUUCAGCGGGCAUAAAGGUGAGGUUGUGGAUAUCUAUCAGCGAGAGUUCCUAGCGCUCAGAGACCGUUUGCAUGCUGCUGAACAGGAGAGCCUAAAGCGCUCCAAGGAGUUGAACCUGGUCCUAGACGAGAUAAAGAGAGCGAUCUCUGAGAAGCAGGCCCUACGGGACGUAAACCGGACAUGGAGCAGUUUAUCUGAUGAAACCAAAUUAAAACUCUGGAAUAUCACCAACAAGAAUGUGCUGCAUCUUCCCACCAUCUUUCACCAUUUGCCACAUUUGCUAUCCAAGGAGAACAGUCUACAACCAGCUGUGCAUGUGGGACAGGGACGCACUGGAGUGUCCAUAGUGAUGGGAAUCCCCAGCGUGAAGCGAGAGGUGCAUUCAUACCUUACGGACACCCUGAACUCCCUGAUCUCAGAGCUCACCCAGCAGGAAAAGGAGGACACUGUGAUUGUUGUUAUGAUUGCUGAGACAGAUGAACAGUAUACAACCGGAGUGGCAGAAAACAUCAAAAACUUGUUCCCCAAGGAAAUACACUCUGGUCUCCUGGAAGUCAUUUCCCCCUCUCCACAUUUCUAUCCAGACUUUUCUCGCCUCCGGGAAUCUUUUGGUGACCCCAAGGAAAGAGUCAGGUGGAGAACUAAACAGAACCUAGAUUACUGCUUUUUAAUGAUGUAUGCCCAGUCCAAAGGCAUUUACUAUGUGCAGCUCGAGGACGACAUUGUAGCCAAACCAAACUAUCUCAGCACAAUGAAGAACUUUGCUCUGCAGCAGCCCUCUGAGGAGUGGAUGAUCCUGGAAUUCUCACAGCUUGGUUUUAUUGGAAAGAUGUUCAAAUCGCUGGAUCUCAGCCUGAUUGUGGAGUUUAUACUCAUGUUCUACAAGGACAAGCCCAUUGACUGGCUCCUUGAUCACAUCCUUUGGGUGAAAGUGUGCAAUCCAGAAAAAGAUGCGAAACAUUGUGACAGGCAGAAGGCGAACCUGAGAAUCCGCUUCAAGCCCUCGCUCUUCCAGCAUGUGGGAACCCACUCCUCCUUGGCUGGGAAGAUACAGAAAUUGAAAGACAAAGACUUUGGAAAGCAAGCCCUGCGAAAAGAACAUGUCAACCCUCCCGCAGAGGUGAGCACCAGUCUGAAAACCUACCAACACUUUACCUUGGAGAAAGCCUACCUAAGAGAGGACUUCUUCUGGGCAUUCACCCCCAUGGCAGGAGACUUCAUCCGAUUCAGAUUCUUUAAACCACUCCGCAUCGAAAGAUUCUUCUUCCGCAGUGGCAACAUUGAACAUCCUGAAGACAAACUCUUCAAUACGACUGUGGAGGUUUUGCCCUUCGAUAGUCUCCAGUCAGAUAAGGAAGCCCUGCAGGAGGGAAGAGGGACAGUGUUCAAGUACCACAGGACAUCAGAUGGCUACAUACAGAUAGGCUCCUUUUCUAAGGGUGUUGCAGAAGGAGAAGUGGACCCUUCAUUUGGGCCUCUGGAAGCCAUCCGUCUGGUCAUCCAGACUGAUUCUCCAGUGUGGAUCAUCUUGAGUGAGAUUUUUCUGAAAAAAGCAGAAUGAAAUUCCCAGGACGAAGGGUGGAUGCACAAAGGAGUUGCUCAGUCCCUUUUCCCAAUCUUCUGCUCCCUUUGAUUCCCUUCCCCCAGUCUGCAAACGGUGUGAAAGUGUUGCAUGCACAGCACCACCACCUGCUCCAAGCCAGGAAGAAAAAAAUCAUCUGUGGUCAAAGUACACACAUCCUGGCAAGCUCUGCAACAGACUACAUGGAGGGGAAACCUUUCCCUAGGUGGAUGCUGGCUGGAAUUAAACAAGAUAGCACCAGUGCCCGCACUGGCACGUGUUGGCUGCAGCUGACUGCGGGGGGUGGUCAGACUGUCCGCUCUAGCUGUAUAGAGACCAAGGGAAAAUAAUCCUAGUUUAAAGGUUUGGUUUGUUCCCCUGGGCGAGGACCACACUCCUCCUCUCAGGGAUAUGGCUCCCUGAAUGUAGCAGUUGGGUCAGAUCACAGUACGGUUUGGCAUGCUUACAGAACAAAGGAUCUAAUGAGCAGGAAAGCCAAACGACUCUUCAGCCCAGGAAAGGGCAGACCCUGGCUAUAUUGGGGUGGGGAGGGGGGCAUGGUAGCCCUAUUGCCAGAGCGGUGGAGGGGGAGAGUUUUGGCUAUGAGCGCAGGGUGACUGAAUUCCCCUUACCAACUGCAGAGCAGGGUUGAGGUGCAUUGGGGGAAACAAUCACAGCCUGAAUCCCUUCAUUUCCCCUUGCCCCAGCAAAAGGCAGUUCCUCCAGAACUACAGCUGAGGAUUAAGUGAGCAGGAGGAUGGAGCUCUCCUCUUGGUCCAGGAAGGGGCCUGGUUUUGCCAGAGGGGAUUACGUAUAUCGGUAUGGCAGGGAAA